AUGCGAUUUUUGAAAGUGAGUGAAACUGUAGUUGUGGAUAUCCUGUAAUGAUUUUUAGAUUUAUUUGAUAGCUGCAGUUAGCAUUUGUACAAUUUGCACAAUCAUUUUGACAAUCGGAUGUGGAACUUCGAGUUUUGAUCAACCGAGUUAUGAGAAAUUGGAGAGAAAACGAGAAAAAGUUUUGGAUGAGACAUAUUUAUUGAUUUGUAUUAUAUCUGCACCAAAAGAAUAUGAAGAACGACAGAAUGUGAGGAAUACGUGGUUGGAGUUAUCGAAAAAGGUUAGUUUUUUUGAAAUGAGGCUGUUUUGGGGUAGAGAAAUGAUUUUAUGAGCAAAAAAUUACAUUGAAUAACAUUUUUUCAAAUAAAAAACAUUUUUCCAGGGACCAUCUGUUUAUAUUCAUAAAUUUGUAAUUGGCACUGCUGGUCUCGACACCGAAAUAAUUUCAAAAUUAAAAUCGGAAAACGAGCAAUUCAAUGAUCUCGUUCUACUUGAAAAACUUGAAGAAGGAUACAGUGGAUUAGCUCGAAAAACAUUGUCUGCAAUGCAAUUUGCUUUCGAAAAUUUCCGCUUCCAAUAUCUUCUCAAAGUCGAUGUUGAUACAUUUGUUCGAAUAACUCCAUUUUUAACCGCUCUCAAAACAGUCCAACAUCCGAUGUUGUAUUGGGGAUUUUUGGAUGGGCGAGCAAAACCAUUUAGAAAAGGAAAAUGGAAAGAACCCGAAUGGAAUUUAUGCGAUCGAUAUUUGCCUUAUCAAUUAGGAGGUGGAUAUGUAUUAUCGUAUGAAUUGGUCAAAUAUCUUGCUGUCAAUUCGAGACUAUUCCGAAUGUAUAAAAAUGAAGAUGUGUCGGUUGGUGCUUGGUUAGCUGGAUUAGAUGUGAAAUAUGUGCAUGAUCCGAGAUUCGAUACGGAAUGGACUUCGAGAGGAUGUAAUAAUGAGUAUUUGGUUUUGCAUAAAAAGACGAGUGCGGAAAUGAUUGAAAUGUUUGAGAAUCUGAAAAAUAAGAAGUUUUUAUGUACGAAACAAUAUCAGUGAGUUUUUUUCUGGAAAAGGGGGAACAAUUUUUAGUCAGAAUCUGAUUUUAAAAAUAUUUUUGGUGUGCGAAUCCAAAAAUUUAUAAAAAUGUGUCUGAUUCCUUCAAAGUUGAAUUUUGAAUUUUGAGCUCAAUGUUUUUUGAGCAGAGACAAAUUAAUCUACAAAAAAUCAUGAAAUCUCGGCUCUGGAAUUUUGAGCCCUAAAAUCUGACUGAAUUAGAAUCCCACGUGAAAUAUAAUUUCCGAAAUUUGGAGAUUUUCUACCAGAUUACCAGAUUAUUCUGAACCCGAUUCAAAAACUCCCAAAACCCUCCGAACUUUAAUUUUACAAGUUUUUUUUUCACAGAAAACGACCUUCGUAUGUAUAUGAUUUCUCAAAACCUCCGAGUGAAUGUUGUACACGUAUAAAUGGAUCGAGUAUUCCCUAG